AUAACCUAUAAUGAACGGCGAAUGUUAUUCAGUAAUUAGGUAUUAAAAUUUUCAAUGAAAACUCCUUUCAAAUCUGCUAUAAUAAAGUAUAAUGAAAGCCAGAUACUUAACAUUUUUUUCAUACAUAGGAACACCUUUUAGGUCUUCAGAGAAAAUAUGGCUUAAAGAAGGUCGCAACCAUCCAGACCCAGAAAGUGUACAAGGUUUAAUGGAAUUAGCGCUUUUAAAAUUAAGGUCUCUGAACUAUCCUCACCUUGUCCUUUCCAGCCGUACAGAUGGUGGAGUCCAUGCAUUGAACACUAGUGCGCACUUUGACUUGGACCGGUUCGGUUCCAAGAUAUACGAACCUGAAGGGAUAGCUUACACACUGAACAAGUUUUUCUACCUACACAAUAACAGUAUAUUUGUCAAGAAGGUCAUCAGAGUUCCUGAUAGCUUUAAUGCUAGACAUAAUGCAAUUGGCAGAAGUUAUUUAUACAGGUUAGCUGUAAAAAAGGAUAGUAUUGUGUUGCCUGAAAAUAUAACUAUUGCUUCAUACAUACCUAUUGAGGAGUGGAAAAGGUGUCAUUUUGUAAGGUUACCAGGCUUUGAUAUAGAGAAAUUCAAAGAAGCAGCAAACUAUUUUAUAGGUACCCACGAUUUCACAACAUUCAAAAAGUUUGAUAAAUUAAAACAACAUAAACACAAUAGAAGAGAGAUCCAGUCUAUUGUGGUGAGGCCAGGCAAGCCUCUUAUCACCAGCUACGCUAGAGAAGAAGGCAUAUUUGACUACUGGGAUAUUGAGAUUAGAGGUAGAGGAUUUGUACAUAACCAAAUACGUCGCAUGAUAGGAACACUAAACGCUGUAGCGAUAGGCAAGCUGCCCGCUGAAGAAAUUAAAGUUAUGUUGCAAGUGCCAUCUAAGCACUCCUGGCAUAACUUUAUCCAAUCUGGUCCUCCUGACGGCCUGUACUUGUGUGACGUACACUACAACCCCGAAGAUCUUAUUUACGACCCAGAGAAGAAUCAGGAAACAGAAGAAAGUCUUAGUGAUAGUGAAUUUGAUUGAAAGAUAUAGAAAAAAUACAGUAAAAUAGUCGUAAUUAACUUAUUAAACAAGGUUGAUUUUGGCAUUUAACCAUAUUAUUUUCAAUUGUCAAAAUGAGUUUUCUAAGUCAGCUGCAGAAACAAAAGAACAAACUGAAAGAAACUGAAACAGUUGUCACGAAAGUCGACGGAAAACGGUAUGUAGAGAAAGAUUCUACGGUAACUGCAAUUUGUUCUAACAGUUACGGCUUUGUAGUUGACACGAAGCCUGACAAUGUUCCUGUAUUGAUAUCUGACUAUUUAUAUAUAGGAUCACAAGAUUGCACAGCCAACGACGUGAUACUAACAUACAAUAUCAAGCAUGUACUGAGUUUAGGUAUAAAUGUUCAAGUAUCUGUAAACAGUAAAUUCAUCAACUGCUUGGAUUUACCUGAAACUUGUAUAAAAGAGAUAUUAUUAGAUAGUUUGCCGUUCAUUCGGAAAGCUGUGGAUGCCAAAGAGAAUAUUUUAAUUCAUUGCAAUGCGGGCGUUUCGCGCACUUCUAUGGUCGCCAUAGCUUAUUUAAUGCAUUACGAAAAUAUGAAUUAUCAGGAAGCUUAUGAUCUAGUGAAAGCUAAAAGGCCCGCUAUCCAACCCAAUGAUGGGUUUAAAAAGCAGUUAAAAUGUAUGAAACCUGGAGACAUAAUUUGACUAUGUUGCACAGAGCAAUAGAUUUUAGACUUUGUUGAUAUAUUAAUAGUAAGUGUUAUAUUAAAUGUAAUAGUUGUAGAUAGUCAAUAAAUAAAACGUAUUUAUAAACUGACAUCAUGUGUUUAAUUAA